UCACCGAGGGUCACCUUUGAGGGUGUCAGUAGCGCGAGGGUGUCGAUGGCUCUCGCAAACUUCAAAAUUCAUUCAAAAUACCUUCCAAGCUAUAUUCGCUGUUGAUAUUUUGCAGAUGAUAUGUGCAUGCUCACGGGAAUCGACCCCGCAGGCUAUCUCGGCCGCGAAAUUUUGUGUCAGUACCCCUUUAAGUAAAUGGUCGCACAAUUGAACCACGUAUGACUGGUCAAAGGGAGAAGUAUGCGAUCAAGCAGAGCACGCAAGAAAGCUUGGAGAUUCUUUUUUUCACCUCGGUCUAAUCAGAAUGAGAAAUGAGAAGACGAAAAGAUUCCCGAGUUUCGCUGCUGAAAAGAGGAAGUCAGUCUUGAAAUGCAUUUAUUUGCAUGUCCUGCAGUCGAGAGUGCUUGUAGCGGUGUGCUGUGGUGUUAUGGGAACAGGUGGUCAUGCAGAGACAUCCGCACGAGUAUUCCGACUUUGUAUUUACUUUUGUGACCUGGACAAGACACUGUGUGCCAUAAAUGCAAGGACAGCGCGUUCACCUAUACAAGUAAGUGAGGGGCAUUAAUAUUCUGUAUGACCCGGUUUUUUAGAAUGCAAUUUCGAGCAUAAACAAAGUCACGUGUUAUUAAACAGCACCUGCAACAAUUUCUUUAAUCCGCAGCCAUUUUGCAGAACCAUCAUUUGAAUCUUACUUCAAUCAAGUCACCGAAGAAUGCGUGUUACAGCAACAACCACAAGGGCUGCGGCAACCGAGUUCAAGUUUCGCUUUGAGCCGCCCAGAACAGGCAUGCGGAGCGUGAGCGUGAUGACGAGCGUCGGGCCAACCGACAGCGACAGGUCAGCUGGGGUCACCCACCACGGCACAGCGUUCUCCUGCAAUGUCACCCCUUCACACCACGGACAAAGUAGGCUGAGAGCUCUAGAAUUUGAGGCGAAGGUUGAGCAGCGGGAAGGCUACCUCUCAUCAUCGGAUCACGGCUGGUAUCAACCCUCCAUAUUACAUCACAGCACCGUGGAGAGGAGUACGGGGGGCGCUUCGCUGCAGUUUUUGGAUUUCACGUGGGGUGCCCCUGAGCGGGCACCAGCGCGGGGCUCCUACAAAGCCCGUGUUAUGCCUGGCACCGUCGCCAAAGAUGUUGGACUCGAGACUAAGCCUUUCUCCUGGUCUUCGAGAGGACCCCUCAAGCAUCGUGAUCCGACCAUCACUCAGCAGUUCAAGCCGGCUACCGAGGCCCGAAGGGAAGGCGCGCU